AUGAGCCAUGUUGAGACUCACUCUUAUGCACACACGGAUGAUAUCGAGUCCGCUUGUUCCAAAGUGAGCAUUGAUUGCAGCCCUGAAGCAAUGGUGCAGAAAACUACUUCAUCCACCGGCCCAUCAGGAGAUGGACGUUCCAAGUCGAUCAUUUCACGACUGCGCAGUCGAGAGCCUGGCCAGAUAGGCCCAUUCACGCAUUGUCACUCAAACAUGGUAACGGGGCCCGAGAUGCUUGUUGACUUUGAGGGACCGCGAGAUCCAUAUCACCCCCGAAACUGGAGCUUUCGCAAGAAGGUCACUACAACAGUUCUCUAUGGUUUUACAGCAAUGGGCCAAACCCAAAUCUGCGAAGAAUUUAACGUGUCGACCGAAGUCGCAACUCUCGGCACUUCUUUGUUAUUGUUUGGCCUAGGAUUUGGACCACUCUUCUGGGCGCCACUCUCAGAGUGUUAUGGACGAAAGCCAGCUGUCUUGAUACCUUACUUUCUUGCUGCUAUCUUCUCGUUUGCCACUGCAGUUUCCAAGGACAUACAAGCAAUCAUGCUGACACGAUUCUUCACUGGGUUCUUCGGAUCAGCCCCUGUUACGAAUACCGGCGGCGUUCUAGGAGAUAUUUGGAGCCCUGAACAACGAGGAGUAGCAAUCAUCGGAUACGCGAUUGCCGUUUUUGGCGGCCCUGUUUUAGGUCCUAUUGUUGGUGGCGCAGUUUCGCAAAGCAGCCUUGGAUGGCGGUGGACUGAGUACCUUACUGGUAUAUUGAUGAUGCUCUUCGUUGUUUUAGAUCUUCUUUUUCUCGAUGAGAGUUAUCCGCCUGUCCUUCUGCUCAACAAGGCCCGCCGCUUACGUUUCGAAACUGGGAAUUGGGCGUUGCAUGCUCCGCAUGAAGAAUGGGAUAUAACUUGGGCAGAAUUCGGCAACAAGUACUUGGUACGGCCGUUUCAGCUUCUCGGAACUCCGAUCUGCUUCUUGAUGGCUUUAUAUGCCUCCUUCGUUUAUGCUAUUCUCUAUCUUAGCUUGGCGGCAUUCCCAAUUGUGUUCCAGGAGAUUAGAGGCUGGAAUAUGCUCGUUGGUGCCCUGCCAUUUCUCGCUUACUUGAUCGGCAUGUUGUUUGGUGCUUUUAUCAACUUCAGCAAUCAAAGCUUCUACAUCAGGCGGUUAAAAUUGAACAACAACCGUCCGGUCCCCGAAGCACGCUUACCGCCAAUGAUGCUAGGCUCGAUUUUCUUUGCCGCGGGACUAUUCGUGUUUGGCUGGACAAGCCCAGCAGAUAUCCCGUGGAUAGCACCGAAUAUUGGCGCUGCAAUGAUGGGGUUGGGGUUCUUCACCGUCCUUCAACCCGCAUUGAACUAUCUCAUCGACACCUUUCAAACCACAUCCGCCAGCGCUGUUGCUGCCAACACUUUCCUACGUUCUAUUUUUGCAGGCUGCUUUCCUCUUUUCACCGAUGCUAUGUUUCACAAUCUGGGUGUUCCGUGGGCAGCAAGUGUCCUUGGAUUUAUAUCCAUUGCACUUCUCCCUAUCCCAUACAUGUUUUACAUGUUUGGCGCAAAUGUUAGGGCGCGUGGGAAGUGGUCCAAGGGUUCGCUGUGA